UAACUACCAGGAAGUUCCAGUAAAUAAACCAUUUGUCCGUUGGACCGACCUUCCUUCAGGGGAAAUUCUGUGUAGCUACCGUCAGUAGACAUUUCCUGGAUUCCCCGUGUGAAUGGCGUCUUGUGUAUAGUCUGUUUAGUAUAGACUACUGUGUUGAACACUACAUGCGCCUUUACAGAUUAGAGAGAGUUUUUCUUAGUUUCUAUCAUGAUGGGUGCGCUACAGUCGUGAUUCCCUAAAACAGUUGGACAUGUGUUGUUGCUUUUUGAGCUGGGAAAAUGAUUUGCGGGAGGAAAGCUACUUGUUUUUGACUGAACAAAAAUGAAACUACUUCUCAUGGUGGGAUUGUUGUUGGCGUUUGUCUCUACCUCAUCAAGUCUCCGGAUUUUGGAAUGGCCCAAACUAAACUGUACUCAACAGGUAAGUGUUGACUGACUUUGGAAUGGCCCACACUAAACUGUACUCAACAGGUAAGUGUUGACUGACUUUGGAAUGGCCCACACUAAACUGUACUCAACAGGUAAGUGUUGACUGACUUUGGAAUGGCCCACACAAAACUGUACUCAACAGGUAAGUGGUGACUGACUUUGGAAUGGCCCACACAAAACUAUCCUCAAGACAAACUACUAAUUUAUUUGAUCAUAAUAAGAUAAAUAUCUUAUCAAAAGAGAUGACUACUAAUUCUAUCAUUCUUUGAAGUUGUCAUAUUAAGGAAAAUGCCACUAAUCUCAGCAAUUACAUUUAUUUGUAAUGCAUUACAAAUAAUUAAAGGACCAAUUUACAGCCUUGCGAUGUCACCAGGCAGGCCAAAACUCCAUCCCACUAAAACAGCUCUUACACUAAAAGGGCAUUAUCAUCAUUUUCACAAUUCCACAGUAUUAUUCCAACCUCAUAGUGUGGAAAUAUAUAUAUAAAACACAGGAAAAUCACGUUUUUGUCUGCACUGGGCCUUUAACAGAAAUACAUGAUUUAAUGAAUCACACAUUAUAAGUUGUUGUCGUUUCUUGUCCUAUGGUUUUCCUCUGCUCAUGUGUCUGUGUGUGGUUCUCUUUUUUUUGCAGGGUUUGAGAUGCGAAGCCAACAUCAGUGAGUAUUAUCUCUAACGUACCAUAGAGCUCUUAAUAUUGGUCCAGACAGUGUUUUACAGUGUGUGCUUAUGUGUUCAAAUGAGGUGGAAUCACGGUUCAUUUUGGACAUGAUAGUUGAAAAACAUUUAUUUUCAAUGUAGACAUAUUGAAUUAAAAUGAAACUCUCCUCUCCUCUCCCUCUCCCUCUCCCUCUCCCUCUCCUCUCCUCUCCUCCCCCUCUCUCCUCCCCUAUAGAUAACUGCCUGGAUAAAGAGUGGUUGAAGCCUCGGCGCUACACCCCUAACGGUCCAGUGAACCUAGAGGUGGAGGUGGACACCAGAAAAGAUGAGGAGGGACACCUGGUACCUGUUUUAGUGGCACGAUGGAAAGCUCCGGAUGACGGUGGGUUGACUGGCCAGUAUCACAAAUGUCACAUGACCUUGCCACCCUAUUCCCUAUAUAGUACACUAAGCAAUACGGUGCUAUUUGUUAGAUGUGGAAUAAGUGGAGAGGAGCACUGGAAGUAUACUGGCAGUUUGUAACUUUGAUAUUUCUUCUUCUUCUUCUUCUUCUUCUUGUUCUUGUUUUCUUUUUGUUCUUCUUCUUCUUGUUUUCUUUUUGUUCUUCUUCUUCUUGUUCUUCUUCUUGUUUUCUUUUUGUUCUUCUUCUUCUUGUUCUUCUUCUUCUUGUUUUCUUUUUGUUCUUUUUGUUCUUCUUCUUCUUCUUGUUUUCUUUUUGUUCUUCUUCUUUUUGUUCUUCUUCUUCUUCUUCUUCUUCUUCUUCUUGUUUUCUUUUUGUUCUUCUUCUUUUUGUUCUUCUUCUUCUUCUUGUUCUUGUUCUUCUUCUUCUUCUCCUCAUCAGGAAGUAUUAGUUCCCUGAAAGGAACAGAGCUUCAUGUUCUGAUGAUGGCCACAAACCAGUAUCUGUGUGUUCGAUACGAAUUCCUCGAUAAGAUACCCAUGCGUAAUCCAGCAUAUGAAAAGGUAGGCCUUCGUUACAAGUGAUCAAUUUAAUGAUAAAUAUCCAUUCUUACAUGACACUCCCAAGUAAACAGAAUAUCUAUUUUCUCUCAGUGGUCUUUCUCCCUGGAUCGAGUGGUGGUUGAACCCGGCCUGUCGUACGUUGUCUCAGUCUCCAACCUCCCCAAACCAAACCUGAAGUACUCUGGUUAUAACAUCAAUAAAACCGUCACUGUCCCAGGUGAGAACGAUACAUUUAGGUGAGAUUAGUAAAACACAGGUUGGAUAAGUGUAGAUACUUUGUACAGUACUCCACUAUCUAUUCCUACUGCACAUUGGAUUGGCAUCAGCAGCUUUGCAUUCAAUACCUGUAACAUACUUGUUAGAACGUUUAGUUCAUAAUUCAAUUCAACCAUAUACAGUGAGGUGAUAGAUGUCAUUUCACCUUAGAUUGUAAACAGCCCAAGAUACAGAGGAGUAAGGUGUGUCUGGACAGUGGUGAGUGACCAAUCACAUUACUAUCAUGUUAUAUGAAGUGGUGAGUGACCAAUCACAUUACUAUCAUGUUAUAUGAAGUGGUGAGUGACCAAUCACAUUACUAUUGUGUUAUAUGAAGUGGUGAGUGACCAAUCACAUUACUAUCAUGUUAUAUGAAGUGGUGAGUGACCAAUCACAUUACUAUCAUGUUAUAUGAAGUGGUGAGUGACCAAUCACAUUACUCUCAUGUUAUAUGAAGUGGUGAGUGACCAAUCACAUUACUCUCGUGUUAUAUGAAGUGGUGAGUGACCAAUCACAUUACUAUCAUGUUAUAUGAAGUGGUGAGUGACCAAUCACAUUACUCUCGUGUUAUAUGAAGUGGUGAGUGACCAAUCACAUUACUAUCGUGUUAUAUGAAGUGGUGAGUGACCAAUCACAUUACUAUCGUGUUAUAUGAAGUGGUGAGUGACCAAUCACAUUACUAUCAUGUUAUAUGAAGUGGUGAGUGACCAAUCACAUUACUAUCAUGUUAUAUGAAGUGGUGAGUGACCAAUCACAUUACUAUCAUGUUAUAUGAAGUGGUGAGUAGUCAGUGUUGUGACGUCCAAGAGACCAGUUGGUUUUAAUAAUUAAUUAAUUAGCAUUUAGUUAAAUAAAUAUAUUCAAAUCAAGUCAUACAGGUAUAACAUUCAUAUUGUAUUAUGACCAGUGGCUUGACUUGGGCUGAAAUAGGUGCCGGUACUCAUUUUGGGUGUCGGUACUGUUCAUAUCUAGGGCCAGGAGCUCCACAGUAAGAGGUGGAUGAAGUCAAGUAAUAGAAGGGAGGAUGGGAGCAGAGGAGGAGGAAGGAGGAGGAGGAGUAGGGAGGAUGGGAGCAGAGGAGGAGGAGUAGGGAGGAUGGGAGCAGAGGAGGAAGGAGGAGGAGGAGUUGAGGUGCUGGUACUCGGUUCCGACAUUGUUUCCUUUUGUUUUUUGUAUAAAGGGAGUCUGUGGAGGCCCAAUGCUACGUUGGAGCGGUCCACCGGACCACAAGGCAGAGCCGUGCUCACUGUCGGGUUCAGUACCGACCAGCGCUCACAGAACUACAGAGUCUCGCUGCAGUGCUCCAACGACAGACACUGGCAGGACACAGACAUGGUAUGGUUAUUAAGGUUAUGGAUGGCUUAUGAAUGUAUUAUGAAGUCGGUUGGUCUGAUAUGCAGGUGCCCUUUAACUAAGGACGCGUCCCAAAUGACACCCUACUCCCUAUCAAGUGAUAGCUUAUAGGGUUCUGGUCAAAAGAAGUGUCAAAAGAAGUGCACUAUAUAGGGAAUAGGGUGCCAUUCUCUGGUCUAAAGUAGUGCACUAUAUAGGGAAUAGGGUGCCAUUCUCUGGUCUAAAGUAGUGCACUAUAUAGGGAAUAUGGAGCCCUACUCUAAGUGUUAGGGUUUUUUACACCCUUCUCUCUGCUUAAAGAAGUGUGUCGUCAGUAGAAUUGUAUCUGUAGCUAGCUACAUGACGUCAAAGACAUUGGUACCGAAGACGUGUUGUUUCCCUUCCAAUGGUUUGACCUAGAACAUUUUAGAUUUGCAAAGCAAGACACUGCACAUCCUGUGUCACACUUCAUCGCUGUGGUUCUUCCCCAGAUUUUAAUCUUUCCCCCUCAUCAAUCUACACACAAUACCCCCCAUAAUGACAAAGCAAAAACAGGUUUGUAGACAUUUUUGCAAAUGUAUGAAAAAUAGAAAAACAGAAAUAUCACGUUUACGUAAGUAUUCAGACCCCUUUACUCAGUACUUUGUUGAAGCACCUUUGCCAGCGAUUACAGCCUCAAGUCUUCGUGGGUAUGACGCUACAAGCUUGGCACACCUGUAUUUGGGGAGCUUCUCCCAUUCUUCUCUGCAGAUCCUCUCAAGCUCUGUCAGGUUGGAUGGGGAACGUCGCUGCACAGUCUAUCCAGUGGUGUUUCAAGUCCGGGCUCUGGCUGGGCCACUCAAGCCACCAAAGCUUGGCUGUGUGCUUAGGGUCAUUGUCCUGUUGGAAGGUGAACUUUCACCCCAGUCUGAGGUCCUGAGCGCUCUGGAGCAGGUUUUCAUCAAGGAUCUCUCUGUACUUUGCUCCGUUCAUCUUUCCCUCGAUCCUGACUAGUCUCCCUGCCGCUGAAAAACAUCCCCACAGCAUGAUGCUGCCAUCACCAUGCUUCACCAUAGGGAUGGUGCCAGGUUUCCUCCAAAUAUGACGCUUGGCAUUCAGGCCAAAGAGUUCAAUCUUGAUUUCAUCAGCCCAGAGAAUCUUGUUUCUCAUGGUCUGAGUCUUUAGGUGCCUUUUACUGAGGAGUUGCUUCCGUCUGGCCACUCAACCAUAAAGGCCUGAUUGGUGGAGUGCUGCAGAGAUGGUUGUCCUUCUGGAAGGUUUUUCCAUCUCCACAGAGGAACUCUGGAGCUCUGUCAGAGUGACCAUCGGGUUCUUGGUCAUCUCCCUGACCAAGGCCCUUCUCCCCCGAUUGCUCAGUUUGGCCAGGCGGCCAGCUCUAGGAAGAGUCUUGGUGGUUCCAAACUUCUUCCAUUUAAGAACGAUGGAGGCCACUGUGUUCUUGGGGGCCUUCAAUGCUGCAGAAAUGUUUUGGUACCCUUCCCCAGAUCUGUGCCUCGACAUGCACUGACAUGCACUGUCAACUGUGGGACCUUAUAUAGACAGGUGUGUGCCUUUCCAAAUAUAUGUCCAAUCAAUUGAAUUUACCACAGGUGGACUCCAAUCAAAAUGUAGAAACAUCUCAAGGAUGAUCAAUGGAAACAGGAUGCACCUGAGCUCAAUUUCGAGUCUCAUAGCAAAGGGUCUGAAUACUUAUGUAAAAAAGUAUUUCUGUUUUUUAUUUGUAAUAAUUUUGAAAAAAUGUCUAAAACCCUGUUUUCGCUUUGUCAAUGGUCCCAUGUAGCUCAGUUGGUAGAGCAUGGCGUUCGCAACGCCAGGGUUGUGGGUUCAUUUCCCACGAGGGGGGCCAGUAUGACAAUGUAUGCACUCACUAACUGUAAGUCGCUCUGGAUAAGAGGGUCUGCUAAACGACAAAAAUGUAAAAAAUGUGGUUAUGGGGUAUUGUGUGUAGAUUGAUGAGGAUUUGAUAAGGCUGUAACGUAACAACACGUGGAAAAAGGGAAGGGGUCUGAAUACUUAAAGGGAAGGGGUCUGAAUACUUAAAGGGAAGGGGUCUGAAUACUUAAAGGGGAGGGGUCUGAAUACUUAAAGGGAAGGGGUCUGAAUACUUUCUGAAUGCACUGUAUGUACGUCUAUGAUGGAGAGAUCAAGAAGAAAGAUGAGUGAGUUCACAUCUUCUGUUUUCCUUCAGACCAACCAAACAUUGCUGAAUGUAACCUUUGACCUGGAGAAAUGGCCCCAGACCUGUUGCCGUUUUGAUGUGGAGGUAAGUCUUCCUUCAGACCAACCAAACAUUGCUGAAUGUAACCUUUGACCUGGAGAAAUGGCCCCAGACCUGUUGCCGUUUUGAUGUGGAGGUAAGUCCUCCUCAGAAAUUCACAACUUCCUCGUUCCGUCGAAUUGCCGGCGAUGUUCAGCUAGCUAGACUUUCCAAGCGGAGGUUUAUGAUGUAGACUUCCUGAUAGUGGAACUGUUCCUGAAGAAAACAACAACUGUUUCAAUGUAGCCUCAUUUGUCCUACAGAUCCAGCCGUUUUUUAGCCGUUGCAGCAACGACUGCGUACGUAGAAGGAAAACGUUCAACAUAUGUGGUAGGUUCAUAAACAAAGUCUAUUUAUUACAUGGUAAAAUAAGAUCUAUUUAAUGUUCUCCGCUAACUAAAACGGUUGGUGUGAUUCCAGGGACCGCUCCAACGGUGUUAACUGAAGACUCUUCCUCUCCUAAAACCUACACUGUCGUAGCGGCGGCGGUGGUGGUGGUGGUGGUCGGCGGAGUGGUCUGUUGGGUUGUCUAUCAACUACGGAGACGGAGAAAGAAAGGUUGGUUGAGGAGAGACCCCGUUAUCACUCAGUUAGCAUCUCUCACUUAUCUCUUCAGUUAAUUAGUCAAAAUAUAUUGGAAAUGGGUUAUUCAGUGCUCCUUGGUGACAAACAAAUUAUUAUCUCUAUUUAAGUCUCUAUUUGACUUACUUGCAACACUUCAGAAAUGCAGGCAUUAAUAUAAUAUGCUUCAUUACUGCAUAGUCAUGUAGCCAUAACCAAAUGCAUGACAUUAAUUAAGACAUUAGCAGAAUAUGAUGGUUAAGAAAUUAGGAUGAAAUUUGGGAGUAAAUGGUCCGUGAAAUAGAGGCGCGUAAAUGAGCAGACGGGUCAAAUCAAAUCAAUGAGUUGUGAAUUAGAAUCGUGGAAUGAAUUGAGUAUCAGGCCAUCGACAGACAUGGGAACAAUGUAAAAUAUCUACAAAUGGAUUUAAAAUUUCAACCGGUACAACAUCUGACUUCCUGUUCAUAGCUUCAUCUUUCUAGUUGAUGCUUUUAUUGGUCUUCUUUAUCUCUCUUCCUUCCCUCCCCUCUCCUCCUCUCUCUCUCUCUCUCUCUCUCUCUCUCUCGCUACCUCUCUCUCUGUACCUCUCUCUCUCUCGCUACCUCUCUCUCUCUCGCUACCUCUCUCUCUCUCUCUCUCUCUCUCUCUCUGUACCUCUCUCUCUCUCUCUCUCUCCCCUUCAGUCCCACCAGGCCCCUCUCCCCCAGCUGUAGAGCCAGAGGCCCAGACUCCUCAUCCUCCCAGGGUUCCUCCCAGGGUGUUGGUGAUCUACUCUCAGGACCACCCUCUCUACAGGAAGAUAGUCCUGAAGCUCUGUGCCUUCCUGCAGGCCAAGUGUGGAACAGAGGUGGUGUUGGAUCUUCUAGACACAGCCUGGCUGGGCACUGUGGGGCGAUUACCCUGGCUGGAGUGGCAGAGGCAACAGGUGGGUAGAUGGCAGGAGUGCUGAUCUAGGGUCCAGUGUCCCUUGUUCAUGUGAUAUCCUUCAGUAUUAUCUAAAAGGCUAAACUGCUCCUAGCUCAGCAGUCCUGCUCUGAAACACUUUAUGAAUACAGGUCCAGUAGGGAAGAGGACUAGACAGAUGGGAGACAAACUGGCAAUCUGAGGGUUGUUGGUUUCAGACCCUGCACCGUUGGUUUCAGACCCUGCACCGUUGGUUUCAGACCCUGCACCGUUGGUUUCAGACCCUGCACCGUUGGUUUCAGACCCUGCACCGUUGGUUUCAGACCCUGCACCGUUGGUUUCAGACCCUGCACCGUUGGUUUCAGACCCUGCACCGUUGGUUUCAGACCCUGCACCGUUGGUUUCAGACCCUGCACCGUUGGUUUCAGACCCUGCACCGUUGGUUUCAGACCCUGCACCGUUGGUUUCAGACCCUGCACCGUUGGUUUCAGACCCUGCACCGUUGGUUUCAGACCCUGCACCGUUGGUUUCAGACCCUGCACCGUUGGUUUCAGACCCUGCACCGUUGGUUUCAGACCCUGCACCGUUGGUUUCAGACCCUGCACCGUUGGUUAAAAAAAACCGUUGUUUCAGACCCUGCACCGUUGGUUUCAGACCCUGCACCGUUGGUUUCAGACCCUGCACCGUUGGUUUCAGACCCUGCACCGUUGGUUUCAGACCCUGCACCGUUGUUCCCUUUAGUAAGGCACUUGAACAAGACAGAAAAAAAAUCUGUCUCCACAGAUAGACAGAUUGACAAAUCUGUUCCUCUCCUCUCCUCUCCUCUCCUCUCCUCUCCUCUACUCUCCUCUCCUCUCCUCUCCUCUCCUCUCCUCUCCUCUCCUCUCCUCUCCUCUCCUCUCCUAUCCUCCCUCCUCUCCUAUCCUCCCUCCUCUCCUCUCCCUCUCUCCUCCCCCUCUCCCCCCUCCUCUCCUCCCUCUCUCCUCUCCUCUCCUCCCCCUCUCUCCUCUCCUCUCCUCUCCUCUCCUCUCCUACAGGUCAACAAAUCAUCAGACAAGAUCCUGGUCCUCUGUUCUCGUGGUGUUCAGGCCAAGUGGAGGGCGAUGUGCGGCCAGAGUCGUGUGACGUUAAGAGAGGACCUCCGGUCGCCCAUUGACGACAUGCUGACCCCGGCCCUCAACCUCUUCCUGCCCGACAUGCAGCAGGCCGCCGCCCUGGGGAAGUACAUGGUGGCCUACUUUGACGAUGUGGGCAGCGAGCGCGACGUGCCGUCUGUCUUCGACAUCGCUGUGAAGUACAAGCUGAUGAAGCACUUUGAGGAGCUCUGCUUCAGGAUCCUGGAUAAGGAGAAGUACGCACCAGGACAGGUCAGUUUGUUGAUGGGAUCUCCCUAUGCUUCCUGUCUGGUCUGUUGCGUUGUACCCUGGCGUUUGGGACAGGUACAGACAGUCUGGUCCUAGCUUUCUGUUGUUGCGUUGUACCCUGGCGUUUGGGACAAGUACAGACAGUCUGGUCCUAGCUUUCUGUAGUUGUGUUGUACCCUGGCGUAUGGGACAGGUACGGCCAGUCCGGUCCUAGCUUUCUGUAGUUGCGUUGUACCCUGGCGUUUGGGACAGGUACAUCCAGUCUGGUCCUAGCUUUCUGUAGUUGUGGCCAAAGGUAAUAGAGAGGGCCAGAAUGGAAAUAAGGUGCAUACGCACAAAAAGCUUAUUAUUUUUCUCAAAUGUUGUGCACAAAUUUGUUUAGAUCCCUGUUAGUGAGCAUUUCUCCUUUGCCAAGAUAAUCCAUCCACCUGACAGGUGUGGCAUAUCAAGAAGCUGAUUAAACAGCGUGAUCAUUACACAGGUGCACCUUGUGCUGGGGACAAUAAAAGGCCACUCUAAAAUGUGCUGAGGAGUAUUUCUGUCUGUAAUAAAGCCCUUUUGGGGGGGAGAACUCAUUCUGAUUGGCUGGGCCUGGCUCCCCAGUGGGUGGGCCUAUGCCCUCCAAGGCCCACCCACGGCUGCGCCCCUGCCCAGUCAUGUGAAAUCCAUAGAUUAGGGCCUAAUGCAUUUAUUUCAAUUGACUGAUUUCCUUAUAUGAACUGUAAUUCAGUAAAAUCUUUGAAAUUGUUCCAUGUUGCGUUUUAUGUUUUUGUUCAGUAUAUUUUAAACGUGUCAAAUAAAAUGAAUUAAUUCAUUCAAUCAGGUCAGCCACAUCGAGGGGAUCGGAGUGGAAGAGUACUUCAAAUGUCCGUCGGGGAGGGAUCUGCGUGACGCCAUCGAAGCCUUCCAGGUGUUCCAGCUAGAGAACCCGGACUGGUUUGAACAGGAGUGUGUUGACAUCAACGCAGAGGAGGAAGUGGUCGCAGUAACAGAGUAUGAUGCUCUACUGGAACAGCCGGUCGCUCCUGUUCUAGAGUUUGUUCCAGAAUACAGGAAGGGGCCUCCUGUUCUAGAGUUUGUUCCAGAAUACAGGAAGGGGCCUCCUGUUCUAGAGUUUGUUCCAGAAUACAGGAAGGGGCCUCCUGUUCUAGAGUUUGUUCCAGAAUACAGGAAGGGGCCUCCUGUUCUAGAGUUUGUUCCAGAACACAGGAAGGGGCCUCCUGUUCUAGAGUUUGUUCCAGAAUACAGGAAGGAGCCUCCUGUUCUAGAGUUUGUUCCAGAAUACAGGAAGGAGCCUCCUGUUCUAGAGUUUGUUCCAGAGUACAGGAAGGGGCCUCCUGUUCUAGAGUUUGUUCCAGAAUACAGGAAGGGGCCUCCUGUUCUACAGUGUGUUCCAGAAUACAGGAAGGGGCCUCCAAUCUCCAGCUAUGAUGUAGAGAUCAAUGAAAACAGCCAGGGAGUCCAGGUCUUGACUCCUGAAGUGAAAGUGGAAGGUAAGGUUAUCAGAGGGGUUGGGUAGCCUGAAAGGAGUGGAAUGAUAGCACAAACAGCCCAGGCUAGGGGUUGGGUAGCCUGACAGGAGUGGAAUGAUAGCACAAACAGCCCAGGUUAGGGGUUGGGUAGCCUGACAGGAGUGGAAUGAUAGCACAAACAGCCCAGGCUAGGGGUUGGGUAGCCUGACAGGAGUGGAAUGAUAGCACAAACAGCCCAGGCUAGGGGUUGGGUAGCCUGAAAGGAGUGGAAUGAUGGCACAAACAGCCCAGGCUAGGGGUUGGAUAGCCUGAAAGGAGUGGAAUGAUAGCACAAACAGCCCAGGCUAGGGGUUGGGUAGCCUGAAAGGAGUGGAAUGAUAGCACAAACCGACUGGUGCCCAGGCUAGGGGUUGGGUAGCCUGAAAGGAGUGGAAUGAUAGCACAAACCGACUGGUGCCCAGGCUAGGGGUUGGGUACAGCAGAAAACCUUUCUGUCUAGUAUGGAUGAAUAAAGUAUUCUUCUUCCAGGUGAUGGGACGUCUGUGCUGGAGGUUCUUCCAAGGGUCAGCUCUGACAGCCACCAGGUCUACCCAUCAUACCCAGUCGUUGAGGCCCCACCCAGGGUACUUAUCUCUGAUCUGUACCCCCAUGCCCUGGACAGUCAACCCUGUGGGUUGUCAGAUCUUCUUCUGAGUGAGCCACCCCUGGCCAGAGAGAACUGUCUCCGCCUACAGGAGAGGUCGGGAACAGCAGACCGCUGCCCUCUAGAGAGCGAGGAAGAGGAGGAGUCAUACAGUCCUUCAUCUUGUCAACCCUCUGCUGACACCCUGGAACAACUGAUGUCUCUCCAGCUGUCACUCUGUGGCCUCGGCGUUAUCCCAGAAACCACCUCUGUGUCCACAGAGAAUGGCUACCAAUCACAGCAGCCUGUAGAGAUGGACCUAUCACUUCCUGUCAAGAUGGGCCAAUCACAGCUGUCCUUCAGCUCCAUCCAGGUUACCCCACCUGUACCGACGGAUAGUCAGAUUCAGUACCUCCCUCCCCUGCCAGAGAUGGAGGAGGGUGGGGAGGUGAUGAACCCCGCUGCCCAGGAGAAGAGACCCAUCAGUGGGUCAGACCAAGGCUACAUCUCCAGGAGUUCCUUCCAGCAGGACUCUCCUGUAGACUCCCCUGUAGGGGGGGCCAGCGAGAAUCUACUGACGGCACUGGCCAGGUUACAACAGGACCUCUACCUGAACCAGUAGAUACUCUGGGUUCUGCAAUAAAAUGCAGAGGGAACGUUCUAGAAAAUCUGGUGUUAAUCAGACACUCUGGAUCAUAAAGACUUUAGUUCUUUCAGAUUGUUACGACAUUAUUGUCUAUACAGUUGUUCUGCUUUCCUGUUUUGAAAAAUGACGCGCGACCUUGAAUCAAUGAAUCAGGCAAUGGGUUUGUACAGCAUAAUCCAUAGAUUUAGUUCUGAUAUCACUUUCUUAUAUCAGGUUGUACAGGGUUCUACUGGACAAUAAAACUGAUCAUGUCCAUAUUUCAGAUAUACAAUGUGCAAUUUUUUACACAUAGAAUUUGCUUUCUGUAGACAAUAACCAGUUUCUGUUUUCCUGUAAACGAUUUGGGAAUCAAGGGUUCGUCCCAAAUGGCAC